AUGGUGAACAUUGUGAAGUUUAUUGGUGCUAUCUUACCAUUGAUAGCGCUGUUGGUAGAUUGCAAUGGAGAAUUCCUCGAAUUAUCCCAGUAUCAUCGAAUGCCGAAGAUGGCCGAAACAGACGAUUACGAUCAGUGUAUGCAAGAGUCCGUUCCAGGCGAGAUCGCUGUCUUUUGCAUGACACGAGCGGUCAUCAAACCGGACAAAAGUUCUGAUCUCUGGAAUUUGAUUGAGGAUUUUUCCAAUGAUCGGAGGCAUCACAAUCAUGCAUUGCUAGAACGUGGCAUCUGCAUGAACGAAUGCAAGAAAUUUGUUAAAAGUUUAUCGAAUACUACGACACGAUCGCUGAUGGUGCCAAAGUUUCCGAUCGAUUUCACUUACAUUCAUGAUACAACAGUCCUCAAAGACUCGGUGAAGGAUCGUGAGAGGUACGGGAAGUUAGUGGAAAUUUGGAAAAUCCUGCUCGCUUCGUUUUCGAUUCUUCGGAAUUGGAACCGACUGACGUCCUACUCAGAAGAGCCACUGAACAAAGACCUGCGUAUUUUCCAAGCCGUUCGCUUCUGGGGAAUGUGUAUCGUCAUAUCCGGGCACAUCAUGUCAGCCUACAACUAUCUACCGCAGCAAAAUCCUAGCAAAAUGGAAAUGGCAAAUCAUAGCAUUUUCAUGUUGCUCAUUUUCGAAGGAAAACAGUUCGUACAAUCAUUUUUUGUCAUGGGAGCUUUUCUACUAACGGUGAUGGUCUUGAAGCUUGCAAAAACCCACAAAAAACCUCUUGGGAUAUCGUUCGUGCUAAAAGCCAUCCUCUACCGAUAUAUCCGACUGACACCAGCGUAUGCGUUCAUGAUUCUACUCCAUACCACAUGGAUGGCAAAGCUUCAGGACGGGCCUUGGUGGACGAUCAGAAUGGAAACUGAGCGCGUUUUCUGCCGUAGGAACUGGUGGAUAAAUUUGCUGUACCUCAACAACUACAACGAAGAACAUUGUUUCAUUCACGGGUGGUACUUGAGUUGCGAUUUCCAGCUGUUUAUUCUAGCAAUUUUACUGUUGCUAGCGAUAGUCCGAUUCAAAAAAUACGUUUUGCAGAUCUUAGCGAUUGUGGGUGUUGCUUCAGUACUGAUACCUGCCUUUUUUGUCUACCAUGACAAGCUGGACGGAACUUUGCUAGUCACACCACAAUCGGACCGAUUCUUUAGCUUGUUCGAUGAGUUUUUAAUCAAGUCAUACACAGCGCUCCACAUGAAUCUCGGAAAUUAUCUGAUAGGAAUUGUUGCUGCAAUGAUCUACCUCAAUCUAAGGAAACAGAAUGCCAACCUUGGCAUAAAAAAGUGGUUCAAAAUAGUUUGGUACUUGGUGUUCCCAGUGGGAUUCGGCACUAUGCUUUUGAACUCAAUUUUCUACAUUUAUGACUUUGAAAAACCAUCUUUGUGGAUGGCUGCCUUCUUUCCUCUGUCGAAGUACAUUUGGGGUGUCUACACCAGCCUGUUUUUUAUUGGGCUCAUCUUUGGAGUACAACCAGCAACGAAACGAGUCUUAAGCCAUCGCAUAUUCGAGAUACUGGGAAGGCUCACCUAUUCAGCCUAUCUGGCCCAUUUGUUUAUCAUACAUUUAACUCUAUACAAUAUACGGUCACCGAUCCAUUUCGGGUUUACAGAAACGAUCACGACUGUCAUCUCUAACGUUGUGUUAUCUUACCUGAUGGGACUGGUAUUAUGUUUGUUACUGGAGCUGCCGGUCACUGCUUUGCAGAAGCUAAUAUUUGCAAACAUGAAAGUAAACCACACCGAUUCUCGGGAGAAGCUAAGCGGUCCUGUAGUUCAGUGACAUCAACAUGCAG